GGUCUUGUCUCGUCUACUUUCUCACCUUGGAGGCUAUGUGGGCAGUAAGAAAUCUAAUUUGUCCAGCUGGCAUCCCAUAUUGGGUUGGUUUGCUCAACCGUUGGAUACCUCAUUACAAGCCGCCAUGACUUUUGUGACGAAACAGUUACGACUACUUUGGAACGGACGUAUGGUUCGCAUGCUGUUUGGUGAUUUGUACGCCGAGACGGAACUAGACAAUCCUGACGCUAAGCCCGGCACAUCCUCCGCAAUGCUUACCGACGGUUCCACAUCAAGUCAUCCCCCGGUUUCCCCCAACCGUCGAUUUCUUUCAUCCAAUAAUCGCGGAUUUGAUCUGGAUCACUACAAGGGUCGUGUUCGUCACGGAUUGACGAGUUUCUUGCAUCAGUUGUCACUUUCGCGUGCGAAACGCAAGUUCCGAUCCAGUUUGGCCUCUGUCGUCGGCUCCGGUGGUGUCGGUGGAACUGGCUACGGCAGCGGUGCAGGUGGUUCCGGAGGCUCACCCGCCGGACCGCAUGAUUUACCCGAGUCCCUGAAAGCAGUUUGUAUGUUGUAUUGUUUCACAGUGGCCAGUUUACGUGAGAUUAGAAAUGAUAUUCUUGCCGGUUUAUCUUUGGGCGAUUUACUUCCUCGUUUGUGGCGUCUGGUUGCUCGAUGCGGAACUGUACAGGACUGGGUAAAAGUUCUCAUGGAUUCGAAACUCGGCGUGCAUGCCAAACCACACGCGUCACAUCUGUUGCACAUUUUUACCGCGGCUGCAAGCAAUCUCCUCAGGUGA